UUUAAUCGUAGGCUUUAAAGCUAUAUCAUGCACUUUGACGGGUCUAGACGAGUAUUGGACGUAUUCAAUCACAGUAACUGCAUCAACUGAUCGUGGAAACACAUCUGCGACAUUUCGUGUAAAGACCACAGAAGGCAAGCCAGGAAAAGUUUCUUAUCUAAAACUGAAAUCAGAAAAAGAUGUCACAAAACAGAGAUCUGUUAAUGUAACGUGGAAUGAACCAAGCAUCAGGGACAGAAACGGCAUCAUUCAGAAUUAUUCCAUAGUAUUCACAAACAGCAAUAAUGCAUCAACAUGUUUCUUCACAGACAGCUCUACAAGGUACUGUAAUUACAGUGGAUUGUUCCCUGGUAAUUAUUCUGUGGAGGUAUUUGCUAAUACAAGUGCUGGAAAUGGCCAAGUAGUUAUGAAAACAGUUUUUGUUCAGCCAGGCGCUCCGUUAAGGAUCAAUGAAUCAGAGGGUGGUCCACUGAUGGCCCCUAGUGCCGAUCAACCCAAAGAUACAGAGAGACAAAUGGCUGUCAAUCUACCAUUAAAAACAUUCCUCUGUAAUACCAGUAACGGAUAUCCGACAAAGUGGGGCGUGAUUGUUGCACAAAAUGACCAAGCAACAGAUGAGCCGUUUUUUGGAAGUGUUCGGGAUUUUACAGACAGAAUAUCAAAAGUUUAUAAAACGUGGUUUGACGUAAAGGAUAUGGAUUCUAUUAAACCUUACUUGGCAACAUAUCUUAAUCUUACGGACUCUUGUCAACAAAUUAAUGGUGUAGUGACACAAACAGAACACAGUACAGUCAUGUCACAUAACAUUAACAAGUCUUGUAAGCCUUGUUUGAAUUCAGGUACCCAGAAAAAGCGUAGUGUAACGCAGCGUGAUGUCGAAACGCAUCAAAGAUUUGUUGUAGGACUGGAUGGCAAGUGUUCAGGCCAACAAACUGACCGGUUUUGUAAUGGUGAAUUGCAACCAGGGCGUAGUUACAGGGUGAAAACGUUUGCUUGUACAAUAAACGGGUGCACGGAGACGAAAUAUUCAAAUCCUAUAUCAACAGAUCCAGAUCUUACAGUUGCUGUAGCUUCUGGUAUAUCCUCGGCAAUAGUUGUCCUUGCCAUUGUUGGUGUUGUGGUUUUCGUUCUGAGAAGAAAACAGUUGGCUUGUUUCUCGAAAGAUGAUGGUAGACUGGUUACACAGUCUCCAGAUGAAGGAAUUCAUCUUGAUAAAAUUGAACAUACUAAAAAGAAUCCUUCCAGGUAGGAUAUAUUUUAAUAAGAAGUAUUUUAGAUACAUAAACCACAACUCACUUUUAAUGGCAACAGGCACAAAAAUAUAAUUAAGCUCAAUCUUGAUUACCAUUGCAAUACUCGCAAGUUUGAACUCAAUAAUAUCAUUUUGUGAAG